UAUUUGAUAUAUCAGACAAACAAACGCUAAAGUUUAAGACUGCAAGAACCAUCCACCAUUUUUCUAUUCCCUAACAUUUUCAUAAAUCAUCCAAUCAGAGCAGAAGUUUAAGGAUUUAACCAGAAGCAUGUUUAAAGGCUAAACAUUUUUUCAUUCAUCACCAUGCCAGGCAAGAAAGGAGAAGUCAUGUGGCCGAGGUUGGUGGCUAGCAAGAUCCUCAAUAAGAGAUUGGGUAGCAAUAAUUUUGUUGCAGAUUUUCCAAGCGACCUGGAAUCUAAUUUCCUCGAAUUUCCCCGUUUCGACUCGAAAUCUCUAAGUUGUAGCAGCAUUCUGAACGACCGUGUACGCACAGAAAACUACAAGAUUUUUGUUAGUACAUGGAACGUUGGGGGAGUGGCACCAGCAGAGGACUUGAAUAUGGAGGAGUUGCUAGACACGUGCAAUAUUUGCGACAUCUACGUUCUUGGGUUUCAAGAAGUUGUGCCCCUGAGAGCAGCAAAUGUAUUAGGACCAGAAAAUAGCAAGAUAUCCCUCAAAUGGAAUUCUCUAAUUAGAGAAGCCCUCAACAAGAAAUCAUUCAAGAACGAAGGAAAGUCUACUGAGAGUAGUAAUCAGUACGAGUUCCGGUGCAUCAUUAGCAAGCAAAUGGUCGGAAUAUUAAUAUCGGUCUGGAUUCGUACUGAGCUUCGAUCAUUUGUUCGAAACCCUAGUGUUUCAUGUGUAGGCUGUGGAAUCAUGGGAUGUCUAGGAAAUAAGGGUUCAGUCUCGGUGAGAUUUCGAUUACAUGAAACAAGUUUCUGCUUCGUGUGCAGCCAUCUUGCAUCGGGUGGUAGAGAAGGCGAUGAGAGGUACCGGAAUUCAAAUGCGGCCGAGAUAUUGUCUCGCACGAGCUUUCCUAAAGGCUCAUCACUUGAUUUGCCUCAGAAGAUUCUUGACCAUGACCGAGUGAUUUUUCUAGGAGAUUUGAAUUACAGAAUCUCAUUGCCUGAAUCAGCAACACGACUAUUGGUAAACAAAGGAGAAUGGAAUGCAUUGCUGGAGAACGACCAGCUAAGGAUGGAACUGAAGGAGAGUCAAGUUUUUGAAGGUUGGCACGAAGGAACCAUAAAAUUUGCUCCUACAUACAAAUAUUAUCCAAAUUCUGACCAAUAUUUUGGCGGAUUAGAAGGCAAAAGGGGCGAAAAGAAACGUGUUCCUGCAUGGUGCGAUCGGAUAAUUUGGUUUGGGGAAGAUCAGUUGAAGCAACAUUCAUACGAAAGAGGCGAAUUGAAACUGUCGGACCACAGACCUGUGAAAGCAAUUUUCAGCACACAAGUUAAAGUGACACAAAAAUUGAAAGCGCUUCAAAAUUUCUUUUCGUCGGAGAGAUCAUUUGAACACAUUGCUAAUCAAUUAGACUUUCCAUGCAAAGACCGAAUCAGCUUCCGAGCCAACGACUUAUGAAUCAAAUUUUUAGACAUCAUAUGUGAAAAAGCGUUUUUCAAUUAACUAUGUAUAUAUAUGCCCCAUGACAUGACAAUGACAUGGUGUACAACUUGUGCAUGUUGCUAUUGCAAAGGAAAUGCCAUUAUAAGCUUAUUGUAUUCAAUUCUUAUGCUGAUUUUGUGUA